AUGUCUAAUCUUGUUGGACCUGUAGUCAUUGGUAUAAACGUAAUAGCUGUCACAGGUUCUUGUGUCUUGCACAUAAGUUACAGAAAUAUAAAAACAAUUUGACCAAGAACAUUGUCAGCUAAAAUCAUGGAUUUGCUAGGAUCUAUCUUAAACUCAAUGGACAAGCCUCCCACAGUCAGUGACAAGCAAAAGACACUUAUGAAAAAGCAGAAAGAGGAGUAUCAGAAGUAUCAAAGGGCAGAAGCCGAAAGGUUAAAAUCUUUUCGAGGAAAGGUAGAAGACAAAAUUAACAAAUUCCUUCAGGAUGACAAUGCAAAGGAAUAUAAGUUUCCUCCAAUGGACCAAAUCCAUAGAAGUAUAAUACACGACGUCGCCGAAGUGGCGAAUGUAUGGGCAUAUUCCUUCGGAGAGGAAGGCAUCGAUCGUCACAUCGUGAUUUUUAAGAGAGAACAUGCUCCGUCCGAGGAUCAACUGAACGUGUUACGUCGAGGAGAGGAAUGGAACGAAGAGGUAGCGAACAAAUUAGUAGAAGAAAGGGAAAGAAGAGCCAAAGAAGAGAUAGAAAUCGCGAAAUCUAAAAAGCGAAAAGAUAAUUUCACCCCAAACAGUUAUUAUAAGGAUAAAUACCAACACUUGAUUGGAAAAGAAGCUGCCUUAGAAGCAGCUAGAAAAACAGAAGCUAACAGCAGUUACGGAUGCGUUCCUAGUGAAAACAAAAAAGAUCAACGAAGUAUAGAGCAAACGUUAGCGGACAUACGUGCUAAGAAAAGAAAAUUAGAAGAAACCAAAGAUUCCGAGUGUAAAGAUAAGAUUAUAAAACAAUGAGAUAUUAUGAAAUUUAAUCAAUGUUCCGAUAGUCGUUUCCUUUUUGAAUUGUAAAUAUUUUCCACUAGGUUUGCUAAAAUGUAAAGGAAAUACCAUUUGUUCGUCAUUUCUUGAUUGUAAUCUUUGCUUGUUCAACGCUAGUAUUAUUUUCUGUACCUGUGAUAAAACACGAAAAAGAAUUUUCUUCUUGUGAAAUUCA